UGCCUGUCGGACUGUCGCAGAGAACCGAUAGAGGAAGAGCCAGUUUGGGUGCAGUUCAUGUUAGCCGAGAGAACGUCAACGUUACUGUUAGCAGGCAUCGCCGACAAGUGGCUCCUUGUGUCCGACCGACAAAACAAAGUUGUGUUUAUUAAAACCAGAGCUACGAGUUGUAACCGAGGCUCUCCGACGACUGCUUCUUCAAGAUGAGCUUCCUGUUUGGCAGUCGCUCAUCCAAGACCUUCAAGCCGAAGAAGAACAUCCCAGAGGGCUCCCACCAGUAUGAGCUGCUGAAACACGCUGAGGCGACACUGGGCAGUGGGAACUUGAGGCAGGCUGUCAUGCUGCCCGAGGGAGAGGAUCUCAACGAGUGGAUUGCUGUCAACACGGUGGAUUUCUUCAACCAGAUCAACAUGCUAUACGGCACCAUCACCGAGUUCUGCACUGAGACCAGCUGCUCUGUGAUGUCUGCUGGACCAAGAUACGAGUAUCACUGGGCUGAUGGCACCAACAUUAAGAAGCCCAUCAAAUGCUCCGCGCCCAAGUACAUUGACUACCUGAUGACCUGGGUGCAGGAUCAGCUGGAUGAUGAGACCCUUUUCCCCUCCAAGAUUGGAGUUCCCUUUCCCAAGAACUUCAUGUCUGUGGCCAAAACCAUCCUGAAGCGGCUGUUCAGGGUUUACGCUCACAUUUACCACCAACAUUUUGACUCUGUGAUGCAGCUGCAGGAGGAGGCCCACCUCAACACCUCCUUCAAGCAUUUCAUUUUCUUUGUUCAGGUGAGAUUACCCCGUUACAAUGUAGGAUGUAAUCCCUGCUGUGUGUCUAAUGCCCCAUUUUUACAUGCACUGUCAUCAAUAUGUACUCAAUAUAACCCAUGAAAGGAUGGAACUAGUAACAUUUAUAUACAUUUAUAACAACAACUUUGUGUGAAAAGUCACGACUUGAACAAACUCAGCAGUUUCCCAGAUUAUGUCUAAAAGGGGUUUAUAAAAAGUUGGCAUAGCAGGAGGAUUUAUGCAUGUGUGGUGUGAUAAAGGAUGUUAUCCCAAAAAGUGCCCAGUUACACUACAUAUUGUAAGUACAUACAGGGUUAAAGCAUUGCAUUGGACCCCUAAAUGUGCCAAUGCUACGACAACCUCUAUUUGUGUUAUACAGCACCACAACUCUUAUCACAUUGUGUGAGCAGCAGAGAUCAUAUCAACUGUUUCUCUUGUAGGAGUUCAGUCUCAUCGACAGGCGAGAGCUUGCUCCCCUGCAGGACUUGAUCGAGAAGCUUGGAUCCAAGGACAGAUAGACAUUUCAUCCCCCCCCCCCCUCCUUUCUUUUAACAGUUUCUUUUUCUCCUUUGUCCCCGUCUGUGACGUCCGCUACCUCUACGACUUCUAGUCUCAACUCUUAAAAUCUGUGCCUUCUUCUUCUUCUCCUCCUCCUCUUCAUUUCAUGAAUGUUCGUACUGUACUUUUCCUUUUAUUCCUUCUGUUGUCUUGUAUGCUGUCUUUGAGCCCUUUCUUCCAUCUUGCCACUCUGAAUCAUAUAAAAUAGUGUAAUAAGAAUAUUUUUUUCACAGGACUGUGGUAAAUGAUU